UAAAAUUAGAUAUUUUGGGUCAGUUCAUUAAAGAGACUAAAGUCUUACUGUUUGUCUUCUGCAGGUUCUCUUCUUGAAUCCAACAACCCUCUGCUGCUCGAAGACCUGAUUUCUUACAGCUUUCAGGUAGCCAGAGGUAUGGAGUUUCUCGCUUCUCACAAGUGCAUUCAUCGUGACCUUGCUGCCAGAAACAUCCUGUUGUCCAACAACAAUGUGGUGAAGAUAUGUGAUUUUGGUUUGGCCCGAGACGUAUACAAAGACCCAGACUAUGUGCGCAAGGGAGAUGCACGGUUACCACUGAAGUGGAUGGCACCUGAAUCGAUCUUCGACAAAGUCUUCACCACUCAGAGUGACGUGUGGUCGUAUGGAGUUCUGCUCUGGGAGAUCUUCUCACUUGGAGCGUCUCCGUACCCGGGGCUCAACAUUGAUGAGGAUUUUUGUCACAGACUGAAGCAGGGGACUCGGAUGUGUCCUCCUGAGUACAGCACCCCAGAGAUAUAUAGCAUUAUGAUGGCAUGCUGGGAAAAUAACCCUGAGGACAGACCUUCUUUCUCUGCUCUUGUGGAGAUACUGGGAGACCUACUGCAGACCUGCGUCCAACAGGAUGGAAAGGAUUAUGUCCCACUGAACACUUUUAUUUCUGGAGAAGGAAAUACGGUCACAGCGCACCUCGAAGAGAAUGACAUAAGCCAGAAAACACUGGGAACUUCAAGCGCUGGGAAAAUCAAAGCCAUCAGCACUUUUGAGGAUCUACACAAAGAAAUCCCUGAUGACAACCAGUCUGACAGUGGAAUGUUUCUCCCGUCUGAAGAGUUGCUUCAGGUAAAAUGGAUGGACAGAUUCAAAACCAAAAACAUAACCAA